CACACACAACUCAUAGGUUUUUUUCCGACUAAACUAAACACAUCAAUUACCUUUCUUUUUACAAAUUUCCUUCCUAAAAACUCCAAAUUUAUUAGUUGAUACAUUGGAAGGUUGAAAAUGCCUGUGAAGGGCAUACUUGGUAUAUUGGCCACAGCCGGCUCUUUUUUCGCCCUGGGAGCCUAUUAUCAGCACAUUGAUGUGAUGAGAAAUAUCAGAAGAUUGGAACAGCGAAAUCCACAUGCCUACUUUAUAAGAAGAAAGCUGUACGCAUUGCUGGGAAUCUUUACUGUAAGAGCCGAUGGCAAAGAAUCGGACUUGGAACCCGAUGGCUGCCACAAGCUGGGCGGGAUCAUGAAGUACGGCUUCCCCAGCACAAAUGAUAUUAGCCUAAAUGAGACCUAUGACUUUGUCACGUCCUUCGAUCGCCGAAACUCCGCAGUUCAGUGGAUGUGUGAGCGGGUGGAACUGUCGGAUCGUCUAUUCUAUGGCGACUCCUCAUCUGUGGCGCCAGCUGGAGCCUUCGACCAGUCGGAGGCCUCUAGGGUGUUUUUCCUAUCCAACAUCAAACCCUUUUUGAACCGUGGAUUUAACCUCACCGUUUGGGACCGAUUGCUGAAGUACGUGGAUGAGAUGAGCCAGAAACAUGGCACCGUAUACGUAUACACCGGAUCCAUUUACUUGCCCCGUGAGCUGAAGUCCAAUAGUUGGUUCCUGGAGUUCCAAACGGAAGAGAGGACCAUGGUGGCCGUGCCGACGCAUUUCUUCAAGAUCCUCGUUAUCGAUCCAAAGUUUGAGGGUAAUUCCAUUCCGUAUGCGGAGGCCUAUGUGAUGCCCAACACUCCGCUGAACAAUAAUGUCGAACUGAAGACCCUACUCAGCGAUAUCCGGGAUAUAGAAAAUGCCACGGGUCUGCGCUUUUUCGAGGGCCUAGACCGCAACUUUGUCAACACCCAAGUAACCGGUUCAGCAGCCCAUCCAUUAAACAGUCCUCUCACUAGUUCUGUAAACAGCCCAGUGACCAGUAAUUUUGCCAAUCGCAGUGCCAUCGCAUCUACUAAGUCGUAGGAAAUAAAUAAAUACAUGUUUGAAGAAAA